UUUACCACGUUAAAGAUAUUAUCGAAUAAAUAUAAGCAUGCGCUAGCCAAGCGCCCUGGAAAAACGUGCUUUUCGGAUAGGAUCACUCCCCCAGUGGCAGCCCUCUAAAAACAAUGUUGGUCUGCAGGAAAAACUUCAAAUUAUGAAUCAGUUUGCCGAAUUAAAAUCACCGAGCAGUGAAACCGUUCAGGCAAACUACAACAAACUUUCCGAUCAUAUAAGAAGGUUGACCCCACACGGGAUCCAGUGUAGUGUUUUCUGUGGGGGGCUGAAUUGUAAAUAUGAAAAUCCAGAGAACUGGAAGGCCGACAGUUUGGCCAUCCAAGGUAUUUAUUCCCACUGGAUAACAGAUGAUAUCCUGGCGAUGGCACGACCCAGUACGAUUGUUAUAAUUCAGAAAAAUGUAAUACAACAGUUUGAAAGUUUAGGAAUCAAAUCGAUCAUAAAUCUGCAAUGUCCGAAGGAACACGCCAGUUGCGGACAGCCUUUAGAAGCUUCCGGAUUUUCUUAUAACCCGAACAUGUUUAUGGAACACAACAUAUAUUACUACAAUUUUACGUGGAAAGAUUACGGGGACGCGACAUUGAUGGGCCUUUUGAACAUGGUCAAAGUACUGGCAUUUGCAUUAACAGAAGGGCGGGUGGCAAUACACUGUCAUGCAGGUUUGGGACGAACAGGCGUUUUAAUAGCGUGUUAUCUUGUAUACGCCCUACGAGUAAGUGCAAACGACGCUAUUAGAUAUGUCAGAUUGAAGAGGCCAGGAUCGGUACAAACCAGGGGUCAAAUAUUAUGCGUCAGGCACUUUGCUCAGUAUAUUCUUCCGCAAACAAUAACUUAUUACUUAAAAGAUGCCGUAGGAAAAGAUAAAUACAUGAACGAAUUUACCCUCCAUAGGUUCCUAAGGAGGCAGAGGGUAGUUCUUCAUGGAUAUGACGAGAGAAAUUUCAAAUAUAUACCAAAGAUCGUCCAUUGCCUGUGUGAAAGAAUUUUGAAGUUGUGUGCGUGUUGGGUGGAUGAAUUUCCGCCUACCAAUAUUCCAUAUACCGUCGACUUUUUGUCUGCCAAAAUACACGGGAAUUUAAAAAGACAUGAAAGCACCUAUAGCAUUUCUAGUAUAUCGAGUAGCAAUUCGGAACACAUAUUUCUUAACGCGGAAAUGGUUAAAUCCCCAUCGAGCGAAAUUUCAGCACCUUCCAGCCCCAAUCCGUCUGAAAUGGGCGAUGUUACCGACUCAUUUUCUGAACUAAGUACGCUCGAUGGGGAAGAAAUGAACGAAGAACUGCUAAUAGAAAAUAAGUGUUUUCAAGAACUUGAGACACAAAAAAGUUUUGCUCAAGAACAGGCCGAGGAAGAAAUUGUAAUUCAAGACAUAAACGUUGCUAUUAACGCUCUUUUAAGCGAUACGGAAGAAUCUGACCACGAUAUGAAACGAAAAAUUAGACAGUUUCAACAUGAAAUUAACUCGUCACAACUUGGAUGGGCAAAACUAUCUGUUGAGAAUAAUUUAAAUGUUUUGUGUGCUCUUUUGUUUGACUGGAUUGAGGGAUUGAAAGUACCCGUGUUAAAAAUGGAAAAUUUUGAAACGAUUGUAGUAUUAUACAAACAGCCAGAACUAUGCCUACAAAAGUUUAAUGUCGAGGAUUCUUACUUAAUAGAGUAUUUGUUAAGGUUUAUCAGUAAAUUUCAACCUAUAAGCAAAGAUAAUCAAGAUGACUUACUGAAGAGGGUGAUUGCAGCAUUAUCGAAGCACUGCGUACAAAUUAACAAUCACAACAUUCCUUCAGGAAAGGGUUUCAAAAGGAUUGGUGAUGGAACUUUCAACUGUACUUUCCAGUUUUUCCAGUCAUUGUUUGAAUUAAUAGAAAGUCACCAUAGCCAGAAACCAAAUGUAUACAGCUUGGACGAGGACAAGAUUUCUGCCAACGAAUACGAUGUAGAAAGCGGCUUCCAAUAAAUUUAUCCUAUUCUAACUAAAAUUAUCUACUGUUCGCAUGCCAACGAAAUUUUAUAAUUAAUUCCUGUUAGUAUUAUAUUUCCGA